UUUGAUAGUAAGGGAAAAUAGAAAAUAUCAUAAUCAACCUCAAUUAUAUUGAAUAAUAUAGGUAUCAGCAUUUGUAUUCGCCAAAUAAUAUCCACAAAGUAAUCAUAAUAUAGUUUAAAAAUGGGAAAGGGUACACCAUCAUUCGGUAAACGUCACAAUAAAACACACACUUUAUGUAACCGUUGUGGACGUCGUUCAUACCAUGUUCAAAAGAAAACUUGUUCUUCCUGUGGUUAUCCAGCUGCCAAAUUAAGAUCAUAUAACUGGGGUCAAAAGGCUAAGAGAAGACAUACAACUGGUACUGGUCGUAUGCAAUAUUUAAAGCAUGUUACAAGAAGAUUUAAAAAUGGUUUCCAAAUUGGUGUUGCUGCUCCAAAAGCCAAACCAACUGCUUAAAUAUAAAAUAUACAAUAUAAAAUAAAUUUUAAUUUAUAAAUUUUAUGGAAUU